CGCACAAGCAACAGCUUCUCCUGCGCUGGGCCCACGCACCCGGUUAGGAUACGGGAGACAUGGGAAGCGCCGCUGCCAACCACGGCACUGGAGAAGCAACCCCGCGCCAGCUCCUCGCAACCCCUCUGCCCCACCAUGGACAGCUUGGAGCUUCAUCCAUUUCUGCCAUCGAGCAUUCUCUGCUAACCCGCCGUGCUAACCCGCAUUCCUUGUAGCCAUGUCUCACAGCCACUCGCACGAGGCUGCCUCGCACUCGCACUCUGCAGCUGACCAUGGCCAUACGCAUGAGAUUCUCGACGGGCCAGGAAGCUAUGUAGGCCGCGAGAUGCCAAUCAUCGAGGGAAGAGACUGGGAGGACCGCUCCUUCACGGUUGGCAUCGGAGGACCUGUAGGCUCGGGCAAGACGGCCCUCAUGCUGGCUCUCUGCAAGCAUCUCCGAACACGCUUCUCCAUAGCCGCAGUGACAAACGACAUCUUCACCCGUGAGGACUGCGAGUUCCUGACAAAGAACAAUGCCCUACCCGCCGAGCGCAUUGUCGCCGUCGAAACCGGAGGCUGCCCCCACGCCGCCGUGCGUGAAGACAUCUCGGUCAACCUCAUGACGCUCACGACACUCCACCACAAGUUCAACACGGACCUGCUGCUCAUCGAAUCCGGUGGCGACAACCUGGCUGCAAACUACUCGCGUGAACUCGCGGACUUCAUCAUCUAUGUCAUUGACGUCUCGGGCGGUGACAAGAUCCCCAGAAAGGGCGGACCUGGCAUCACACAAUCCGACUUGCUCGUCGUCAACAAGAUCGAUCUGGCUGAGGCUGUAGGCGCUGACCUGAACGUCAUGGAGAGAGACAGCAGGCGGAUGCGUGAGGGCGGUCCGACCAUUUUCGCCGUCGUAAAGCGCGACCAGGGCGUUGACGCCAUUGUCGAUUUGAUCCUGUCUGCCUGGAAGGCGUCGGGCGCGGUACAGGCGCGGAAACAGGUGUUUAAGCCUACCCUGAUGGAUGAGAAUGAAGAGGGAAAAGAGAGGAGUUACAGUAUGACGUGAUCUGGAAAUGAUCAGUUGAAUGGAACACUUUCAACCACACAUGGCGCUGGAGCUAGCAUGGUGCCAGUUCUGUUGACUGUUUUGAUUCAUCUGCUCACUAUAGCUCUGCAAUUACGAGCCAUCUAACUGUUUACAUGUUCAAGUCAGUCUACAUGUUCGUCAUGUCCAAACUGCGUAAUACCGCAACUAAUCC